AUGUCGAGGAGACAUAAACAACAACAGCAAGGUGGUAUUAAUAUUCCAGGGAUUAUCUUAGAUGAACUGAAGGAUCGUGACUAUUCUAACGAUGAUCGUUUCAAUCAAUCCAAGAAGAGAAGUUCUACUAAACAACUAGGCAGAAAGGAAAGGAGAAAACAACAACGUUCUGAAAAGAAGAAUAAAAGAAUAAAUAGAGGAAAUGAUAGCACCCAUGAAGGUGACCAAACUAAUAAGCCUCUAAAGAAAAUUUUACAGAAUAAUAGAGUGAAGACUCCAAGUAAGAAGACCAAGAUUCUAUCUAAAGACAAGAUAAAAGAUACUGAGCUGCCAUUUUCAUCUGACGAUGAAUUAUCCGCUGGUGAUUUUGAAGAAUUUGAUGAAGAUGACCUUGAUGAGGAAGAAAUGAAACAAUUACAAUCUCUUGAAGGAGACGAAUCGGGUGAUGACUUUGCCGAAUCAGAUGAGAUAAUUUCCAAUGAUGAAGAAUAUUAUGAAAAUCAAUCAGGCGAAGAUGGUGAAGAUGGUGAAGAUGUAAUGGAUCAGUUGAAAAGACUAAAAGAGAAGAAAAACGCUCAAAAAAGUGAUAUGAAUGCAGAAGAUACUAUGGCUUUAUUAAAAUCCAAAAAAUCUAACAAAAAAAAAAUAGAUGCAAAACACGUUGAUUCAGAAACAGAAGAAAGCUAUCCAUUACCACCUUCAGAACGUAUGGCUAUGGAAAGAGAUGAAAUGGACAUGCAAUACUAUGCAAAGAAGUUGAAAUUAAAAAAUGGUAAAAAAAGAAUUUCUGCACAAGAUGAAUUUGAUGCCAUUGGUGGUUUGUUAGAAGGUUUGGAUUUUGUAGAUAAUUAUGGGGCAAGUGAUGAAGAAUAUGGUGAUUUUGCUUUUGAAAAUGAUAAGUCAAGAGCAAAAAGUAAUAAUAGAAAUGAAGAUAAACCGUUCUCCUCCGAUGAUGAACUAUCUGAAGGUGACUUUGAUGAGUUUGAUGAUGGUGAUUUAGAUGAAGACGAAUGGAAUCAAUUGAAUGAAUUAGAAGAUGAAGAUAAUGAAAGUGAAGAAGAUGGGGAUGAGCAUUCAGAAAGAAGCAGUGGAAAAAGAACAAAGGAAAAUCCUUACGUUGCAGCCAAUUCAGUAUCUACGGAUGCUGGAGCAUAUGUCCCACCUUCCUUGAGAAAAAAUCAACUACAGAAAAACCGUGCUCAAUCUAGUGUUUCAAUUGAAAUCACCAAGAAAGUGAAAUCUGGUUUAAAUAGAUUGUCUGAGUCAAACAUUACUCAUAUUAUUAAAACUCUAGAUGAAUUAUUUGAUUCAUAUCCACGUCAAUAUGUCACAGAGAUUAUUACAGAACAGAUCUUAGAGAUGGUUGUUCAAAAAAAUAGAUUACUUGACACACAUGUUUUGAAUUUCGCAGCAGUUUCAUUUGCUAUAUUUAGGCUGAGAGGUCUCGAGAUUGGUGCAUAUUUCAUUCAGUCUACAGUGGAAUUGUUUCUAAAUCAAUUCAAGAAACAAAAGGAAGAAUUUUUGAGUACGAAGUCAGAGGAUGCAACUAUUUUGCCAAAGGAAUCACUAAAUAUUAUUACACUUUUAUCAUACACUUACGAUUUUGGGUUUAUAUCCUGUAAGUUAUUAUAUGAUAUCAUUGGGUUGUUAGUCUCCGAAUCUAAUGUUUUAACAACAGAAUUACUACUUAGAAUAGUAGCUGUAUCAGGUCAGCAAAUUAGAGGUGACGACCCAUUCGCCCUGAAAGAGAUUAUGUCACAACUUUUGACCAACGUUAAGCAAAUUGAAAAUCCAAGUCCGAGAUUACAGUUCUUAAUGAGUACUAUGACAGAUCUGAAGAAUAACAGGUUAAAACCAUCCGUUUUGGCGGCAGACUUCCAUCCAAUUAAGAAAGUCGUCACAUCUACAUUUAAGGCAAUCUCGUCCGCAAUGGAACCUCUUCAGGUAUCCUUAAAAGAUAUUGAAAAUGUUGAUACAACUGGUAAGUGGUGGUUAGUGGGUGCCUCCUGGAGAGGUAAUAUGAGCUCUGCAUUGGAGGAAAACACGACCACAGGUGGCAAUUCUCAAGUCAAGGAUAAUUUCUUAUUAGAGCAUGAUCUAUUAGACGACAUUCCGGAUUGGACCCAAAUUGCUAAAGAGAAUAGGAUGAAUACUGAUGUUCGUCGUGCAAUUUUUGUUAGUAUUAUGUCUGCUCAGGACUACGUAGAUGCAUUUGAAAAAAUCGAAAAAUUGGGCUUGAAAAAUAAACAAAUAUUAGAGUCGCCAAGAGUCCUAUUAAACUGUCUGUUAGCUGACAGUAAAGAGAACGGCUAUAACCAGUACUACACAUUGGUUGCUACAAAGUUGUGUGAGCAACAUCAUAAUUUGUUGAAGUCGUUUCAAUUUUUGUUCUGGGAUACCAUUCAAAAAUACGAAGAUAACGAUAAUUCUGAUUCAGAAGAUGAUAUAGAGGACGACAUUACUGAUGAGAGUGUGAGAUUGAGAACUAUUGCUAAUCAAGGCAAAUUCUUUGGAAGUUUAUUGGGCCAAGGUAUAUUGAAAUUGGAUAUAUUCAAGCAUGUCCCGUUAAUAAGUGGUCUAACUACAGAUGGUAAUUUAUUUAUAGAGGUAAUGAUAUACCAAUUAUUCCAAACAAUCGCAAAAAGAUCUGAAGUUACAACCAAAAGUGAUGGAAAAAAAAUAUAUAAAUACAAAGAAGAUAACAUGGUUGCACUAAUCAAUAGUAAUGCCGUAGGUGAAACAAAAGGUACCAUAUUGAGGGGUCUUAGAUGGUUUUUGAGUAAUAAAUUAAAGUACGAGAACUACUUAGAUCCGGAUCAUAAAUCUAAGGCAUAUAUGAGAGAUAAGAGAAGAAUAAAAUGGGCUCUUCCAAUGUUUAGCAGUUUAACUAAAGAUAUCGCCGACGAUGAAGGAUAUUAA